AAGUGAACUCGCGCACGCUCAUCAUCGCAGUGAAUAUCGGUGUCCACGCGCCGGUAGUUGUUUUUGGACUUAUUUCUUGGACAUUGAGUAAAGAAAGGACAAGGCAACCAUGUCGUUUCUGCAGCUUAUUCUUCUGAUCACCGGAACAUUUUUCCAAUGUGCAGCUUCCUGUUUCUUCGCACCCGAGCUGCAAGGCGAGUUCGUGAUGCAAUCGAGCGUGUCGGCAGAGCAGUACGUCCAGUACUCACAGGUCAACAUCACGUCCAACUCCAUCCCCAUCUGGGGCUCGUGCCACAAGCGGAUCAAAAACAACGUCAUCCUCAUGGACAAUUCCGGGGGUGAAAACUGCUUCAGGUGCUUCCACCUGAGCAUGCACUCGAUCAACGUGCUGCAAAUCAGAACCGAGGGUCUGGAUAAAUGCUACUUCACCGAAGAACGCGCCGAGCAGGCCUGUCCUGACCCUAGGGGCCCAGAUAGCGUGAUCAAACCCCUCCAGGAGAUCCUCCUCUUCAAAACGAGGCAAAUCACCGGAGAGGAGAUCACGCAGGAGUUCUGUCCAAUCAGUGGGCAGUUCACAUUCACUUACAACCUGGCGGAAGCCAACAGUUACGAGUGCCCACAUUCAACCUCGCAAUUCAACAACUGCCCGAGUGGUUCGGAGCUGAACCUCAAAUUCCGGCGGUGCGCCUUCCACGACCACGACAUCACGUUCCAAUGCUUGGGACACUGGGCCGGACAAGGCGGACAGAGGUACCUGGCGUUGAUGGACAAACGCCAGGGCUUGGAUCUGAAGCAGCGGUACCGAUGCGCUCUGUACGAGGAGGACUCUCGCACCGGAGUGAUCAGGAUGGCCUUCUCGGGCGACUCGACCUGCAUCACGGGCCUCGUCAGCGCCACCAGGGGCCACGAGACGAUGGUGCUCAGCCCGGUGCCCCAGACCCGCUGGCCGGACGCCGUCGAGCAGAGCUCCUGCAGCUUCCCAAGAUGGGCACAAGGACACUGGGAGAAUCUGCAAGUCAACGGCAACCAGCUCACCUAUCGCGACCAGAAGUCUUUUUCCGUCUCGAACAUCAAAUGCGUCGGACCGGCUAUGGGCGAAAACAGCGAAAAGUUCGGCAUCUACACCAGAAACCAGUGUGGGGAGGACCGGUACAGCUGCAUGUGGAUGACGAGGCGGGCCAACAACGUGAUGGAGCUGAAAAUGAGCCGAAUCACCAGCGACAGGUUCAACGGGAGCAUGUGCUUGGACUAUGCCUUCGACCACUCUUCAAAUGGUUGGCAAACCCAUGGAAAAAUCGACACCAUUCAGGAGUCACCAUGCCCGAUUUCCGGUGAGUUUCUUGGCAGUCUCCCAGACAACGACCGUCUUUGUGCAAGGCUUUACUCGGACUGCAACAACCCUGAAAUCAUGUUCUUCACCGUUUACGACUGUACAAUGCCGGCCGACGUGUUCGAAGAGCGCGAGUACAGGUGUUUGGGCCAGUGGCAGGAGAACGGCCACAACUACACCUACACGCAGCGAAAGGAUAUCGGCAACAGUUACGAAUGCUUCGCUGGAAAAAUCAUGUCCGACUCUGCGAUCAUCAUCAUGGAAGCCGGCCCGCACUGCGCCCGUGUGUGGGACGUCGAAAUGAAAGGCAUGAAACUCCAGAAACAAGGAAAAGCAGUAUCGUGCCUGCCAAGAACAACCCCAACAUAUCCAACAAGGGUGCCUCCGUCGCAGAGGCCGUACAGGCCGACCACCAAUGGGCCAUACACGGGCAGCAAACUGCCGCAGCCGACGCCUACAAAACCCUGGAAGACAAUUACUGCACCCCCGAAAGACAAAGUGUCGAGUGGAGCGGCAAGCCAUCAUUUGAGCUACAUCUUUUUGGCCGUGCUGCUGAGCCUGCGGAUGCUGCAGCCGUGGAUUCUCUGAAUGCGUCCGCCCUCUGGCGGCGCCGCCUCGAACUGCAUACCACACUAUUAAAGCACAGUGAUGUGUGUUCCGUCUGUGAUUAAUUAAUAAUUAAUAACGAGAUAGUAGUUGUUGUAUUUUAACCGACCGAAAUCUAUAUCGAUCCAAAUUUAAUGGACGCGUCUGUUGUUUGUUGCUUAAAAAGUGGAAUCGAAACUGGAGUAGGAAAAACAGCUCAGAUGCCAAAAUCAUGUUCCACGCACGUGUGUCUGAAUGAGCGCGAUUGCCUUAUCGAAUUACAUUUAUUUGCAGGAAUACUUGCCACUUUUGUGUAAGUGCUGACGCGCGUUCCCUCUCGACGAGGGUUUUAUUUCAAAGCAGACUGAGCACGCGGGGUUUGGCUUUUUAAUGUUUAUUUGCGAGAGUUGACGACUUUUAAUUUUAUUAGCUGCCGCUGCGUUUUAGUAUACCGCUUGUAAUACCAUCAUUAUGUGUAUUGGUUGUGUAUUUACUCCUAAUGACCGUUCAUUUUCCUAACCUCAAGAAUUUUAAAUUCCAAAUUUUCUAAAAUAAUCCUGAAAAGCAGCUUUUACAUUUUUGCUUUUGUAUUACUUUAUAAAGUCAUGCAUUUUAUAUUUAUGUGUCGCCCCCAUUAUUUAUUUUUAAGUUUGUAUAUUGAUGCUGAGUAUGUAUGAUUAUUAUUGUAGAAUUUAUGUAUUGUUUUGUGUAAAUUCAAAAAUAAAAUAUGAAAAGAUAAAACUAA